AUGACGCUUAACAUCGAUGUUGCUACGGCGACAGGACGCCAGCAGUGUGAAACUGCUGGUCGCUAUCAAGACGAGAAGUUCACGAAGACGCUCAGCGAAUGUUUCAGUGGAAGGUGUCCGACUAAAUAUUGAAAACCGUCAAAGCCGUAUUUGCUAUCACAAAUGCAGUGCUACAAUUAGGAGAAACAAGCGCGAGCAUGUUAGCAUUAAAAGCAACGAAGUCCCAAAGAGCUAACAAACCCUCUCGAGCAUCCCUUCAAAACUUUACGGAAAGACUGCCAUACGAGAUCCAAAAUAAGAUCUUGUCCUACCUGGAUGCUGGCACACUACUCUGCAUCAGCCAAGUCAGUAAAAUCUUCUAUCAACUUGCCAAUGAUGAGUAGGGCAUUAUGGAGAAAUAUAUUCAAGAGGCUGCUAACCAAGAAGCCAAUGCGCAUGGUUGGGGAGAUGCUGGAGAAGACCACAUUGGAGGCUCAAGAUCAGCCUUCAGGUUACUGGAAGCUACGUUACUUUAAAACUCUGGAUGCGUGGAAUAGGAGGAAGUGGAAAACACACAUUGGAGUCAUUAGCCGUCACACAGGGUUGCCCAGUCGCACAGUUCAGAUGCUCAGAAACAUAACCUGGGAGCUGACGGUCACCGACAAAUCAAAGAAUGAAGCCACAUAUGAUCUCAGCUGGCUCCAGUUCUUUGAGAGCUCUGCGGUGCUGUGCUGGAAUGGGAGCCUCUGGCCCGACUUCCAUCAAAUUUCCACCGUUCAGCUCCACGGCGUCAGGAGAGUAGCCCUCAACUGCCCCGGACUCAAGGCACCUGGCUGGAGGUCCCUCAUGGAUGUGGUAGACAUGGAGAGUCUGACUAAAAGCAUGCAGGACUGUGGCCGGGAUCAACUAGUUGAACUGAAGCUAUUGAAGCAUGAUGUUGUCAUGGGGCUUUGGAAGGAGCGACACAGUGUUGCCUUUGUCAUGUUCACACUUCACUUCUAUAGACUACUGGAGAGAAGUACCCAGGGAUCCUCUCUUUGUCCCUACGUGGAGCCCAUGGUCAAAGCCCCAUUUGAUGACAUCGACCCUGAUUAUGGUCUCCAUGGUUACCAGCUAAACAUAGUUCUCCACAGCACUGAAUGUGAGAUCAUGUCUGCAAGUUUCUCUCAGUUAUUCUGCCGAAGAGAUCAGAUCUGCGAUGGCCACCUUCGACUUACAGCCAUUAAUGAGACCUGCUUUUCGCAGCGCACACCUCUAUCAGGAAAUGUCACUCUGCCCUGGAGGUGUGAGGCACUGCGGGGCGAAGUAAAGGAUCGCUGUAUCAUGACUCUGACUCUUCUUGAUGAGUUCAACAAACCCUUUUGGUGUGUCAGCACGCCAGUUGUCAUGAAGCACCUAGAGAUGCCAUGUUCACUUUUCUAUGCCGCGGAACACUUCCUCAUGCACUAUCGGGACUCAGAGGGUCAAGUAUUGAUGAAAUUUGUGCGGAUGGAGCAGCAGAAACAGUUUUUCCUCAUCAACUUAGCAGUUUAUGUGACAACCUGCAAAGUCAACAAGUACUUCAGAAAACAAUACUGAACAUUUACUGCUUCGCAAUUGGAUUGACCUUUCUUUAUUAAAUCACACAUGUCCACAUUCUGAGCACACCAAUAACAUUUGUGUUGGAGUGAGCAGUCACGUAAAGCAGUUGUGUAGGUAAUAGGAUUCCUUCCAUUUUUUAGCCACUAACUUCACUAACCUUUGGUUAGAAAAACCCUAAACCACAUGUAUCAAUAAUAAUGAAUGUAUUAAUUCCUAAAAAACCUUGAAUGCACAGCAUAUUCGCUUCAUGGUGUCUGAACUUCAUCCAGUCAUCCUCCCAAUUAACUUUAGUGCUCGCCCUGUGCUGGUACAUGGUAACCCAGUAAAAUGGUUGAAAAUAAUACACCUACACAAUGAAAUGAGCUCCAAAUCCAAAGUUGUGAUACGUAUAUUGUGUUGCUCAAAUGCUUACACAAGGACAAUGAAUACAUUAAAAGAGAAGUGUGUGCAUAUAUGUUCCUCUUCUAUAAUCAGCAAAAGGACAUUUCACAACAGUGUAUGAAGAAAUUUUUUUACCACAACAAUAUUGAUGCCUUUCUUCAAAGAUUCAAGGAAUUUAAGUGUCAUAACAAUACACAUUUACACAUGAUAUGGCACAAAAUUAGAUACCCAAGGUCCCAGAUUAGCCCAGUAAGUCUCAAGAUUUGUGAAAUAUAAAUAAGAUACAAUAAGAGAAGAUAAUCAAGAUUUUUUUAACAAUAUUUGCAGUGGUGAAUGUGUGCAAAGGUGCAAAUCAGCAAGGAUUUGGAUGCAGCAAAAUACAAAUGCCAGAAGCAUGUAUUGGACAUAAUAUUUCCAUUAUAUUUCUGUGGUCCUUGUAUUUGAAGAGAAUAAAUCUAGCUGUACUGUCUCA